ACUUAAUGGAAAACCUUCAAGAAGAUCUAGAAGUUAUUUUAGAUAAGCUUCGUGAAAUAGCUCCAUGUGAAAAAAUGACACCUGAAUUAUGGCGAAAAUAUCAAACUGCAAACAAAUAUUGGAUAUGUGAAGAAAAAUUAUAUGAAGCUGGAUAUAAUAAAAUUUGUGUAUUCGAUCCUGAAACCAAAAAAUAUUUGGGUGCUUCGCAUAGAAAAUGUCACGGGAAAAAAUUAAUGUUUCAAGAUAAGUUAGAUGAUGAGCAAAAAGAAAAACAUAAAUCUUAUAAGUUUAGAGGACCAGCUCAUAGUGGAUCAAAAGUGACAGAUGAAAAAAUAGUGUUGAUAGCAAAUAAUUCAGAACAAUAUAUUACUUUCUCAGUUGGUCAACUUCAAUUUAUUGAUAGUUUGAAAUUUUUAUUACCUGCAAAAUGUUUUCCAAUUAUGUCAAAAUUCAUCUCACCUCAUUUAUUAUCAUUGCUUACACGUAAAGGAAUAUUCCCAUAUCAGUGGUUAACUAGUAAAAACAAAUUCAAAGAAACGCAACUACCUCCUCGAAAAGAUUUUAAUAGUGACUUGGAUGGAGUAAAUUAUUGCGAGCAAGGAUGUGAAAGCAAAGAAU